GGGUCAUCUGGCGUUGGAUCGUCUGGCUCGACAGCGGGCAUCGGGUCACCAGGCAUGACAGCAGGCACUGGGUCAUCAGGCAUUGGAUCGUCUGGCUCGACAGCGGGCAUCGGUUCACCAGGUAUGACAGCGGGCACUGGGUCAUCAGGCAUUGGAUCAUCUGGCUCGACAGCAGGCAUCGGGUCACCAGGUAUGACCGCGGGCACUGGGUCAUCAGGCAUUGGAUCGUCUGGCUCGACAGCGGGCAUCGGGUCACCAGGCAUGACAGUGGGCACCGGGUCAUCAGGUACCGGAUCGUCUGGCUCGACAGCGGGCACUGGGUCAUCAGGCGUGAUAGGAUCA